AGGGACUUUUGUAGUUUAGGUGGCUCAUUUACCAGCUCGUUUACCAGCUUUACUUUCCCUCCUUCACCGGGUAAAUAAGCUUAUUAUCAUAUUACUUUGUAACCUCAUUUACUUCUGCAUCCGCUUCGCUUAAUUACCUUCUUUCGGGUUCCAAUCAUCCUUGCUUGCUUAGGCGGCUGACUGCCCUCGCACUAUCGGAUUUCCUAGCUGUCAGGAGAAGAUCUCGCAAUGAAAGAAAUCACCCCAUCAUAUCCGGAAACUAGCUCUACAAGCGGCCACCAACCGCGGAUCAUCCCCGGUCCUAAGGACUGCACCGUCAUUGCCUACCCUUCCGUCGUCGGCGUAGUCAUCCGUCGAUUCACGGGCGUCGAACUCCAGUGGCUUGGACUUCCACGCACAUCCCAAUAUCUCGAUUGCCAACUCACCAUCGGCGAAGACGAGGAAUCCUUCAGAGAAGAAGACAAACUCGCCCUCCACCUUCUGCAGCUCGGUGCUCGGUGGUGGCCCAGCCGCGCUUUCGAGGCACAGCAUAGCUCAUUAGACUACCCCUACGGCUACCAUUAUCCGCCCGACUUGCACAUCGGCUACCCUUCCCAACCUUCAUCGUCUUCAGGAGGGGAUAAAAACCCUGUGAUCUUGCUCAAAACCUUUGCGGUGAACUCGCCUAUGCGGCUUCCAGAGUAUGAUGCACCCGAAAAACCAGAAGAUUGGUCCCGAUUGGCGGCUUGUGGAACGAUGGACGAGCGGUGUGCGGUGCUGCGGGAUUUUGGUGCGACGGAGUGGGACGAUGUGAAGAAGUGCUCUGAGAUUCCUCAGUCAUUGGAGGAGGGUGUGGCGGAAGGGAAGAAGUACGAAGUGUUAUUGAACAAGAUGAAGGAUGUGGAAUAUCUCGACAAAUGGUUGAUGAGUCUCUGAUUAGGCUAAUGUGUCGUUGAAAACUCAUAUAUCUAUCUCCCUGAGC